AUGGAUCGGCUCUCUUUUAACCCAAACGAGCUCUGCGACCGCUCUCGUUGGAUCGAUUACACCAUGCUCCCCAGCGCCAACAAGCAGAAGGCGAAGCCGGCACGGGCGAGGGCGACGGCGGCGGGAAAUUCAUCGUCAUCAGUGAAGGCGCCGUGCGGAGCUUGCAAGUUUCUCCGGCGAAAGUGCGUUAGUGGGUGUGUUUUUGCGGCGCACUUUGGGAGCGAGCAGGGAGCGCCGGCGAGGUUUUCGGCGGUGCAUAAGGUAUUUGGCGCCAGCAAUGUCUCUAAGCUUUUGAAACUGGUGCCGCCGGCCCACCGCCACGACGCCGUCGUCACUGUCUGCUACGAGGCGCAGGCUCGGAUAUGCGAUCCUGUACUCGGUUGCGUCGCCACCAUACUCGCCCUCCACCACCAGGUUUUACAACUUCAAUCUGAGCUCUCUAUCGUUCAGUCGCAGCUGAUAAACAGCCGGCUGGCGGCCGCCGAAGCCUUUCAUCACUCGCAAACACAGCAGCAACUGAUGACAGUUCAACCAGCUUACUCUAACUCUUCAGUUUCCAAUAACUUAAACUUUAGUAACUUCCCUUCUUCAGGCUUAGACUUCUGUGAUUCUCAGAGUCUCGAGCUGUUGCAGCUUUCACAGACAAUCGACGAGGAUGAUGGAGAAGAGGUGGAAGACAGCACUGAUAAGCAUCCAGAAGCUUUCAGCGAUGGGAUCUUUCAGCCCAAAGAACAAUCGCAUUAA